AUGAUUAUCAGAUACCACAUGGAAAACCCUUGCACUAGCUCCAACCCUUCUUCCUCUGCAAAAUCAAACACAGACACCCCUCACUGCCUCACAGCAAGAUCAAUCAUGUUUUCUUCCCUUAGACAUAAUACAGAUAUGUUUACUUCGGCUUCAAAUAUUAAUCCCAGUGUUUUUCCCGUAUCGACCCUCACUGACAUGUCACCUUCUCUCACAGUCAGCACUGAUAUCUACCCGGCCCAAACAAACAGCUCCAGCACUUCCUCUCAAAGUCUAGCAAUGGAAUCAGAUAACGCUGACAGUUCCUGUCCUCUGCAACAACCAGGCAUCGAUGUCUUUCUCCCACCACCUCCGCCAUUUGGUUCCUGUUCAGAUAUCUCGACCGGCCCUUCUGCCAGUUCCGAUAUUUCUUUUGCAGACGCGCCGAGCACCGAUUUGUUUUCCUCCAUGACGUCCAGCAGGGAAAGCAAUUCCUCUCCAUCUUCCUCUUCCCUUACCACCUCUUCCGAGGGAUUCCCCGGCCUUCCUCAGUCUUCGACAGACAUAUUCCACCCUCCUCCACCUCCGUUCUCCUCCAGUGCCGACGUAUUUCUCUCUCCCGCAAAUGUUUCACCCGAGAACGACACCUGUGAAACUGACAUAUUACCUUCCUCAACUAGCACGACAGACAUGUCGUCGUCUUUCUCUUCCCUCGGCACAAGUAGUUCUGAUAAUUACCCACAACUUCCUAAACAUGAUCCCGACCCUGACACCUUUCACCCACCACCUCCUCCUUUCCAGUCAUUAAGUGAAGAGAGCCCUUUACCCACAGACAAAAACUCUUAUUCUAGCGUAACAGAAAAUGCAAAUUUAUCCCAACCUAAAGUUCUGUCAAAGUCUUCGGAGCUCUCUUCUUCAGCAACGAAAAACACUAACAUUUCAUCAUAUUCUUUGCCUGAAUCAAACAGUUCUCUUCUUAAAAGUUCAGCAAAAUCAACCCCAACUUAUACUGAUGUAUGUGUCCUCAGAAAAAAAUCUUCAUCUCCUGUCAACAGAGAAAAGUUACCUGAUAUCAUCAACGACGUUCUUGGUUCCUCUCCCGUGCAUUCUGAGAUAAUGCCCAACGCGAAGAAUUUUGUCCCAGUCACGGAGAAUCGAAAUUCGUCAAGUGCAGAAACAGCUAACACUAAAACGUCAAAUGUUAACCAUAAUCUCCCUCUUUCAACCAGUACAGAACUUUUCCCUCUCUCUACACCAUCAGACUUGUCGGCUCUCUCAACAAGUGCCGGCAUCUCUCCACUCUCCUCAGCCCCUGAUAUUUCCCCCUUUCUUUCCCCAGCAAUAAGCGACUUUCCUCCUCCUCCUUCACCUCCUCUGCCUCCUCCACCUCAACUUGAUAUAGAUAUAUUUCCCAUUACUGCACCUGUAACAGAUAUAUCUUCUUCUGUCUCCCUAAGUCCUGAUAUAUAUCCUUUAACGAAUAAUACUACGGACAAUAUACCUGUUCCUGCAACUAUAAGUGACGUCUCUUCUCUAUCGACAGAUGCUGAUAUUAUUACUCAACCGAGUGCUCAAAAUUAUUUACCAACUUCCGUUCACAAUACUUCUCCACCCCAAUACCGUAAUUCAAUUUCGGAGCCCGUCUGCUCAGACACGCAUCCCUUUGCUUCCAAAACCGGCAUCACGUUUCCUUCUGAUAACCGCCCGAAAAAUGUAGACAGGUACACUUUUUCUUUCGAAACUGAAAAUUCACCCCCACCUUCUUCGAGCAGUGAUGACGAAUCCUCAUUCCCACCCUUUCCUGUCGUGGACAUUUCAUCUACCCAUCCAGUUGAUAUGGAUUUUUAUUCAAUCGCUACGAAUGUUGCUGCCCCAGACCCUCCAAAGUCAGUAAAUAGUGCCCCACCCCAAUUAAGUCAGCUUGAACUACGAACAGCCUCCGCUGAUUCAGAUCCUAAACCCCGGCCUACGGAACUAGCAUUUUCGCUGCCUGGUCGUAAAGACAACACUUAUUCAUAUACUGAUGAUAACGACAAUGUCUUGUGCCGACAGACAUACCCGCCGCCUGGACAAUCCAGUGAUAAUUUUGCUGCCCCUCUAGUCCUUCCAAAAUUUGAUAUUUCACUUUUUUGCAUUGAUGGAGAUGAUCUAACUGAUCCAAAAGAACACACACAUUUACCGAGUGCAGAGCAAUCCCAUCAAGAAUAUUGCACGGAGAAAACUUCUAUAAUUGCAAGUACAGAUAUAUACCCGUCAACUACUACGGGUACAAACGUCUUUUCUACUUCCAUAUCUAGCUCCGGUGUUUCUUUUCCUUCUCCGACCCACACAGAUAUCCCAUGCGCCAUAAUAGACAUACACGCGUCGAAAGAAGACGAUACCAGCUCACAAUUGUCAGUUCUCUUAGACGAUAAUAAUAACAACAAUAAUAACAAUAAUGAUGAUGAUAAUAAUAAUAAUAAUAAUAACAGUUAUAAUAAUGUUCAGUCAAAACCUGCAAUUCAAGAUGAAGAUUUUGGUUCCGAUUCUUCUAACUCUUCAGAAAGUUCUUCGUUACCACCGAGUGAAGAUAUUUAUCCUCAUUCUCUUACUAGUACCGAUUAUUCCCUUUUGUCUCGGGAGACGACAAAUAUAUCCUCGUCUCUUAGUGCUGAGACAUUCUUUACAUCCACCAGUAUGGAGAAUUAUCCAGUAAACAACAGUGAUUUGUCUCCUGCUACUGAUGUAUCUUCGCCAUCUUCAGAUACCUCCUAUUUUACAACUUGUGCGUCUCCGAUGAGAGACAAGGUCUUUCCCGAUAUAACUAAUAACAAUUUCUCUCUCUCGAGCACAUCUUCUUCAACAAAUACGGACGUUAUUAGUCCAUCCAGUAUUCUUUCUUCUCCAGCAAAUAAUAUAAUUUCAGAUGAAGAAAAACCAAUUACAGCAGCAAAAACUGACAACUCUCUUGUGAUACCAAAUAUCUUUAUUGUUGAGAACAUCACUGGUAAAAACUAUUUGUAUCUGCAAGUACCAUUACUUUUUUUCUACAUCUAUCUAUCUAUCUAUCUAUCUAUCUAUCUAUCUAUCUAUCUAUCUAUCUAUCUAUCUAGUAGAGCUUUUGAAUUCUUCUUAAUUAAUCUCUUUCUUAUUAUUUCUCUUUUAUUUUGCUCUCUCUCUCUCUCUCUCUCUCUCUGCAUUUCUCUCUUUAACACUUCUCUUCCACUUGCAUUUCUCUCUCUUGCUUCUCUUUCACUUGCAUUUCUCUCUUUCACACUUCUCUUUCUCACCUCUCUUUCACUUAUAUUUCUCUUUUUCACCUUUCUCUUUCACUUGCAUUUUUCUCUCUCACCUCUUUCACUUGCAAUUCUCUCUCUCACACUUCUCUUCCACUUGCAUUUCUCUCUCACACAAUUCUCUUUUUCACCUGCAUUUCUCUUUCUCCUCACACUCUUUCACUUGCAUUUCUCUCAUCUCUCUUAA